AUGGGUGUGCCUAAAUUCUUCCGAUGGCUCUCCGAGCGAUACCCCCCCAUUUCGCAGCUCAUUGCGGAAAACAGAAUACCCGAGUUUGACUGCCUCUAUCUCGACAUGAACGGUAUUAUCCACAACUGCACGCAUAAGGAUGCUGGUGAGGAUACGACCUUCCGCCUAAGCGAAGAGGAAAUGUUCAUCCGCAUUUUCAACUAUAUCGAGCAUCUUUUUGGCAAGAUUAAGCCUAGGCAACUCUUUUUCAUGGCCAUUGACGGCGUCGCGCCCCGCGCUAAGAUGAACCAGCAGCGGGCUCGUCGAUUCCGUACCGCGCUCGAGGUAGAAAUGGCCCGUGAAAAGGCCAUAAAGGAAGGUGUUGAGAUGCCGAAAGAGGAGCCAUUCGACAGUAACUGUAUCACGCCAGGUACCGCAUUCAUGGCGAAACUAUCUCGACAACUACAAUAUUUUGUCAACAAAAAAGUCUCAGAAGAUACCGAUUGGCAAGGCUGCGAAAUUGUACUGUCCGGACACGAAGUACCUGGCGAAGGUGAACACAAAAUCAUGGAGUACAUCCGGAAUGCCAAAUCGCAACCUGGGUACAAUCCAAAUGUGCGACACUGCUUAUACGGCCUUGAUGCCGAUCUGAUCAUGCUGGGCCUCCUCAGCCACGACCCUCACUUUUCUUUACUGCGCGAGGAGGUUACGUUUGGCAGGGCGUCCAAGAAUAAGUCCAAGGAGCUUGAACAUCAAAACUUCUUCUUGCUUCACCUAUGCAUGGUCAGAGAGUACCUGGAAAUGGAAUUCCAGGAACUGAAGCAAACCCAAGAUUCCGGCCUCGAAUUUGACUUGGAACGUGUCAUCGAUGAUUUCAUCCUCAUGGCCUUCUUCGUUGGCAAUGAUUUCUUGCCUAAUCUUCCUGGCUUGCAUAUCAACGAAGGUGCGCUCGCUGACAUGUUUGAAAUCUAUAAGCGAAUUCUGCCCGAGGAAGGUGGCUACCUGCAUGAGAAUGGCGUUCUCAACAUCAAGCGUGCGCUCAGGAUGAUUGCCGAGCUUGGCAAGGUCGAGAUCAAGCAGUUCGAGCAUGAUGUCUCUGAUGAGAAGUGGUUUGCCUCCAAGCAGAUGGAGAAAAAGUUGCAAAACACAGCAUCAGUUUCUGCGGCAAAGAUGCCCAAAAGUGGACAGCGCAUUAUCACCACCAAUCAACGAGAUCUUUGGAAACAAAAAAUUCGUCCCUACGUCUCCAAGCGCUCAGACGAUGUGCUUGACCUUGGCAUAGAUUUGAAUGCGGGGGAUAAGAAGUUUGCACAGGAUAUUGCCGACGCUAUGCAUCUUGAUUGGUCUACGAAAGAAGAUGACAAUGGCUUUCGACACCUCAUCAUCUCAUUCCCUCCUAAACCGGUGGGUGAUAACGAGGAUGAUGAGGACGAAGAAGAAGGCAAUCUUGCUGCUUAUCGCGUUAUAAGAACGUAUGAUAAAGCUGUGGUGGUAGACGACUCUAGCGGGGCUUCCCCAGAGAAAUACGAGAAGCUCUACGAGCAGAAGUACCAGGGUUGGAAGACCAAAUACUACCUUCAAAAAUUCCCCGAGUGGGAAUCAACUGCCUACGCCGAUGAGCAGACGGCUCUCUGCGAAAACUAUGUCGAGGGUUUGCAGUGGGUUCUCUUCUACUACUACCGCGGCAUUGCGUCCUGGCCCUGGUUUUACAAGUAUCAUUACGCGCCUCUCAUCUCCGACGUGGCUAAAGGUGCAAACGCAAAGCUGCUUUUUGAGAAGGGACAACCGUUCAAACCGUAUGAGCAGCUCAUGGGUGUCCUGCCAGACCGCAGCAAAAAGAUUGUGCCCACAGCUUACCAUGACCUCAUGACAAGCCCUGCCUCGCCCAUCAUUGACUUUUAUCCGCGAGAUUUCGAAUUGGACAUGAACGGCAAGAAGAUGGAUUGGGAAGCCGUUGUCAAGAUUCCUUUCAUUGAUGAGAAGCGUCUCUUGGCCGCCAUGGAGACCAAGAAUGUGCUUCUCAGUGACGAGGAGAAGGCUCGCAAUGGCUUCGGUGUUCCUCUCCAAUUCACCUAUUCCUCCGAGGUGAAUUUCACAUACCCUUCUCCACUUCCCGGCAUCUUCCCUGAAGUACAAAACUGCCGCUGUAUCGAGAAUAUCUUUGAUCUGCCGAAUAUGGAGGGACUAGUCUACAAAUCAGCUUUGACGGAUGGUGCGAAGCUGAAGACGGACGCAUUGGCAGGCUUCCCCUCGCUGCACACCCUCUCUCAUACAGCGCAACUCAUUGAAGGUUACGGUAUCAACGUUUUUCAGGCCGACAGCCGCAACCCGAGUGUGAUAGUGACGCUGACCGAAACCGAGAAUCGCAGCAAGACGGAGACCUGGAAGGCAAGGCUAGGAAAGAAAUGCUUUGUAGGGUUUCCCUUCCUCCAGGAAGCCAAGGUUGUCAAGGUCCAGGAUGAGCUCUUCACAUACACUCUCGGCGAGGAUGGCGUGGAGGUAAUCAUGAAGGACAGCACAAACCGUGAAUGCGCAGACUUUGCCAAAGAGGCGGAUUUCCUCGAGAACUGGCACGCGAAACGUCUUGGUGUUAGGAUCGGCCAGGUUGAGUGCCUCGUCGGCGUCCACAUGCUGAAGGGUCUCUUCAAGACCGAGGAAGGUGCUCUGGUAAAGGAAUAUGCCGAAAACCCAAGUGUCCGAAGCAUAUAUGCAUCUCAGACCAUCGUUGACGACGUUUUGAAUGAGGAUGAGCGAUUUAUCGAAAAGGCGGCCCUACCAGUCGAGGAAGAGUUUCCCCAAGGCACAAGAGCGUUCUUUCUGGGUGACUACGCUUUUGGACGACCUCUUGAAAUUACCAGUCACGUCAACGGCAAGACGGAAAUAGUAGUGUCGGUCCCGAAGACCAAGGAGCCCGAGUUCUCGCGAUCCAUUAUACAGCAGGCUGAGAAGGCGAAUCCAUACACGCCAUCUUUUGCAAUUGCCAAGCAGCUCGGAGUACAUCCUCUGGUUCUUAGCAAAAUCACGUCUUCCUUCCAGGUGCUGACCUCGGCCGGGUUGAAGUUGAAUCUGGGCCUCAACCUCAAGUUCGAAGGGCGCAAGCUGAAGGUGCUUGGAUAUUCGCGUAAAUCGAACACUGGCUGGGAGUUUAGCCGUAUGGCUAUUCAGCUCAUUGCCAAUUACAUGGUCGCGUUCCCCGACUUUUUUGCAGCGGUGCAAAAGCACGCUCAAAAGAGCGACAUUUACGACACAGAUUUAUGGCCUGACCAGAGUGUUGCAUCCCAACGACUAAAGGAUCUUUCUGCUUGGCUCAAGAAGCAGGAGACAAGCAAGUUCGAGAAAGUCACCCUGGAUGCUGAGCAACUGGACUCGGACAUUGUCAUGGCACUAGCCGCAGCUGGCGAACAAGUUCACCGAGCGUCGCAGAAUUCGGACAUUCGGAAGCUACGUGGUGUUCCUCGUUCUGCACUGUUGAAACCGUCUGAUGCUGAAAUGGUCCUUGGAAAUCAAAUUUUCAAGCUCGGUGAUCGCGUCACGUUUGUUGCCGCUGCUGGUAAGGUGCCUAUCGCCACCAGGGGUACUGUGGUCGGUAUCAGCCGCACCCCAACGGCACUUUUACUCGAUGUUGUCUGGGAUACCUCCUUUAUGAGUGGAACAACUGUGGGCGAGCGUGCUCCCAUGUUUCGCGGACAGACCGUAACAGCCUCGAGCGUCCUCAACACAACCAACCGUCAGGUACUCUCGGCCUCGAGCAAAUCGCAGCAGCGACAGGCGGCAGCAGCUCCGAAUAAGACGACUGGUGGCUAUGGCUCUGUAGGUGUGACGCAGUACAAGAAUGCCGAGACGCCAGCACCUCUGCGCGGCGGUUGGAGUGGCGCUGUGAAUGGAAGGCAAUCAGGUGGUCGUGGCCGCGGGUACGGCGGUGCGAACAGCGAGCCCAGGCUUCAACACAGCACCAUGGUCUACCGUGACGGACCAAACGGUAGCUCACAGAGCACCGGGCAGGGCAACCGGGGUCAGAGUGGCCACCGCGGCGGAGCCGCCAAUGGACAGAAUGGCGAGCAGAAAUAUGGCAACGUGCCGCCGCCAGGAAACUUGAACGUCUCACGGGGUGGUCGUGGGCGUGGUCGAGGCAAUAGAGGUCGAGGUAACGGCAAUCGUGGAAGAGGAGGCGGUGUUGCUGGCAAUCAGGAAGCCAAGCCAGCAUAG